AUGAAAAGCAAAACCACUGUAUCUCACCCUUUUGGCAACCCAGCACCAUUUGCCGAGCCAGCCUGGCACAAUGUGCUCGAGUCGCCGUACUACAAUGACAGUCAUCGCAAGCUUCGAGCCUUCGUGCGUGACUACCUCGAGAAGCACAUAGUUCCUGUUGUUGAAGAGUGGGAGGAGACUGGCGAGGUGCCUCUGGAGGAAAUCGUUCGUUGGGCCCGGUCUGGCCUCGCUUUCCAGGACAUGCCAGAGAAAUACAGGCCAGGUAUCGGCCUCCCAGCUGGCAUCCCCGAAAAGGAGUGGGACAUCUUCCACUUCAUCAUUCUGCAUCAAGAGACCGCACGCGUUGGAUAUGUCGGAUGUCUAGGUGACCGCCACACCUUUCGACAGCCACUGUUUCGGCAUCAAGUCAUCCGGCAUAAGCUCGCUAAGAUGGCACGGUACAUCGAAUCUCACUGGGCUUGGAUUGAACAGAUUGCAUAUCAUAUCAAGGCCACGGGCGGCAUCGGUCCAGAGUUGUCCUCAAGAAUCGCCCUUUGCAAGGUGCAAGGUGGAAGGCUGCUCGAGCUGGCGAAUCGAGAAGCCCAACAGAUAUCGGGUGGGAACGGAUAUCAGCGUGGUGGUAUCGGUGGACGCGUAGAGCAGAUCAGCCGGGAUUUGAGAAUGUCCAUCGUCGGUGGAGGGAGCGAGGAAAUUAUCACAGAUCUCGCGGUUCGCCAAGAGAUGAAGCACGCGAAAGCAAGGGGCUCAAAGCUGUAA